AAUGCUUGGCUAAUGUGGCUUUGUUAUCCAUGGGUGAAUGGAAGGACCAAAUCCAUUGGAUAGCUACAAACAAACAUGCACCACAAUAGUAAGAUGAACACUAUCAAGUUGGUGUGACCAACAAUAAUUUACAAGAGCCUCUUAAUAAAGAAGCUCAUACUACUCAUCCAAAUCCAAAUCCAAAAUGGCCAAGCCAGUUUCUAUUGAGGUGUGGAAUCCAAAUGGCAAGUACAGAGUCAUCAGCACCAAACCCAUGCCAGGAACCCGCUGGAUCAAUCUCUUGACUCAACAAGAUUGUCGCGUUGAAAUAUGCACGCUCACCAAAACUAUACUGUCUGUCGAAGAUAUCAUUGCUCUUAUCGGAGAUAAGUGUGAUGGAGUCAUUGGACAGCUGACUGAAGAUUGGGGAGAGACGCUUUUCUCUGCGUUGAGUAAAGCAGGGGGUACAGCUUUUAGUAACAUGGCUGUGGGCUACAACAAUGUUGAUGUUAAUGCUGCAAAUAAGUAUGGCGUUGCUGUUGGAAACACUCCUGGUGUCCUCACCGAGACAACAGCAGAGCUAGCAGCAUCACUUUCAGUAUCUGCAGCCAGAAGAAUUGUUGAGGCAGAUGAGUUUAUGAGGGCUGGUUUAUAUGAUGGAUGGCUUCCGCAUCUGUUUGUCGGGAACUUGCUUAAGGGACAGACAGUAGGUGUGAUUGGAGCUGGUCGCAUUGGAUCUGCUUAUGCUAGAAUGAUGAUUGAAGGAUUUAAAAUGAACUUAAUAUACUAUGAUCUGUACCAAGCCACGCGUCUGGAAAAAUUUGUCACAGCUUACGGUCAAUUCUUGAAAGCAAAUGGUGAGCAACCAGUAACUUGGAAAAGAGCAUCAUCCAUGGACGAGGUGCUCCAACAGGCUGAUGUGAUAAGUCUGCAUCCGAUUUUGGAUAAGACGACAUAUCACCUGAUAAACAAAGAGAGGCUCUCAAAGAUGAAGAAGGAAGCGAUUCUUGUGAACUGUAGCAGGGGACCUGUAGUGGAUGAGACAGCUCUCGUGGAACACCUGAAACAAAAUCCUAUGUUUCGCGUAGGCCUAGAUGUGUUCGAGGAAGAGCCGUACAUGAAACCUGGUCUCGCUGAUAUGAAGAAUGCAAUUGUUGUUCCCCACAUUGCUUCCGCUUCCAAGUGGACUCGAGAAGGAAUGGCAACACUAGCUGCUUUAAAUGUUUUGGGCAAGAUUAAAGGAUACCCUGUUUGGUCUGAUCCCAACCGGGUCGAACCAUUCUUAAACGAAAACGCUCCACCACCUGCUGCAUCUCCAAGCAUUGUGAAUGCUAAAAGCCUAAGUUUGCCUGUUUCAAAGAUGUAAGCACGAAUGGUUUGUCCGAGCAAGGCAGGGCACUCUGCUUAGAUACUAUCUUAUGAAAUUUAAGCAAGUUUCGGUUUGAAUUAGUUCCUAUAAACUGUAGUAAUAAUGCUUAUGAAGGAGUUUUAUACUACUUGUAUAUGCUGCUACUGCUCGACUGCAUAGAAUUUCCAUAUAUUAAUGAUCCAUAUUAGCGUU